AUAAAAGAUGAUCAUCUGCUCAUCGUAAAUGAAACUGAUGUCAAUAUUGUUUAUAUCUGUGAAAGUCAAGUAUCUCCUUGUUUGAUUGAAAUCUCAACAAACAUUUCAACUGAAGUAGUAUAUGGCUAUGGUUAUGCUGUGUACCAUCACAUAUAUAGCAAGAUACAUGAUACUAUAGUCAUUACAAAGUAUGGUGCGUGCAGAUUAGACAGAAAUGUAAAGACCAUUAGGUUUAAUCUAAAAUCAGGUAAGAUAUUAUUAAGUCUAAUGGCAAUGAAGCUGUCCUGGUGGGUCAUCUUGAAUACCCUCCUAUAUAAAAGACUUUGAUAAUAUUUAGUUGACCUGUUUAUUUUUUGUUCAAUCUACAAAAAUAAUUUUGAUUAGCGAGCCCUCUGCCUAUUGGGCACAGCAUUAUACAACUGUUUGCAUGCAGGAACGGUCAUCAUUAAGACGCUCCAUUGCAAAUUUUAAUGGUUCAUUAACACAUUAUUUUCUUUCUCAAACGUCUUUAUAAACAGCUGCGUCCGUUCAAUACGUCUUCUUGCAUAAGCAAUUUCCAAUUAACCAGAUUCUUUGAAAUAUGUUAUCACUCAAUAUGUCUUUCCAAUCGUGAUUGAUACAAAACAUACUGGGAAGCUAAAACCUUUUAAGUGGAACCAAUAAGAAAAUAAGCAUUACUAUUAUAAGACCAGUGGUAAUUUACGCUAGUCUGGCUUGGUCCCCUACCAGAAAAGCAGAGAAUCUGCUCAAUACACGGGAGAGGAAAAUCAUCAGAAAAAUAUACGGCCCAGUCAUAUAAAAAAUGUUUUUUGAGUAUCCAUUUAACCCAGGGCUAUAUUAAUUGUACAAAAGCCACCCAUAAUCCCAAAAAAAAAUAAAAAAUGUUAGACUGCGCUGGGAAGGACAUACUACAAGAAUGCCGAAUUGUCCAGCAGCAAAGAUGAUAUAUAGGCUAAAACCUAGGGGCAGACGGUAGACCGGUCGCCCGAGGCUGAGAUGGAUCCACUAUGUUAAAAACGACUUACACCUGUUGGGGUUUCGCGCAUGGAGAAGGAACGCCAUGGAUAGAUCAAAAUGGAAGGAUGUGAUGGAGCAGGCCAUUACCCUAAACGGGCUGUAGCGCUACUGAUAUUAUGAUGAUUAAUGCAUGUUGUCCACCCUCUACUGCCAUAGAGCAGCGUAGUGGGCAAAAAUGCACCGUAAGAUUAAAAAAUCAUAAAAUAAUUUGCGGAGCACACAUGCGAACAAUAAAUAUGUAAUUAAAUUUUAAUUUCAAAGUAUAACUUAAUGUUGACUUGUAAUUUUGUACCAUUAAAUCUGUUUUUUUCUCUAUUAAUUCAAUAAUAAGCUGAUUCGUUUGAACAAACUACUACUUGGCUUUUGAAAUAAGUAUACUUAUUAAAGGAGACAUUUUAUAUUCUUAGAGCCCUAAAAAAUGAGCAUUCAACUAUUAAAUAUUCGACCGGAUUCGGUGGGUUGUCUAGGUUUAAGAAACUAGUUUUCAAAACCUGUUUUAUAAUGAUUUAACGAAAACUGAAUGAACAAUGUUUAUAGGGCUAUGCACAUUUCGUUACAAGGAACAAUGUUUGAUGACAUCUUUUAAGUGUCCUCCGCCAAAUACAGUAGUUGUUUUACUAAUAGGUACAUGCAUAUUUCGCACACUUGUGUCUGAUGUGAUGUUAAUGAAGUGUUACAAACCUAUUCUUAGUUAAUAGGUUCGUUGGCUUCGUUGUCUAGGGGUUUAUUAUAUACACUUCACAACUAUAAUUAUUAGAUAAAAUAUAUUUAUUAAACAAACUAAGUCCUCAACUGCCAUUACCGUACUAAAAGAACAAUACUCCACAACCCUCUACCCUAAUAAUACUUCAUAUCCCUUUCCACACAAUACGUCACAAGAUACUAAGAAUGAUAGAUAAAACAACACACAUAAUCUCAAACCAACACGCAAUCACACUAUACACUCAAGUCCCUAACAUUCCUCCCCCGCUCCCUUUGACAUUAAUUUGAAAAAAUCAUGUCACCGACAAAUACAUAUCCAAAAAUUUGUCAAUAGACAUCAAACAAUUAACAAGAGUAAAUACCAAAUGUAAACCAAUCAAUUGCAAUAUUACAUUUUCAAUUAAGUGACAUGUAUUACAAACAAACUUAUAACACAUUGUCACCCCAAAAAUGUUUAACCAAUCUGGCAACAUACAUCAAAAUUGUUAGUAACACCUCCCAACUCAACAAAGUCAAACCCUUAAAUACAAUUUAAUUCUGAGCAAUUCCUGCUGCCAAACAUAAUAUAUCAUCUUCACGUGUACAUUAUGAAAACAAAUAUUCUCUCAUCCAACUCGAACAAUGGGGGACAAAAAAUAGCCUCCUCCAUGUAACUAAGGUAAAAACCAUUAGCCAAAGCAAAAUUGAGUUGUAGAUGGACUCGACACGCAGCCCCCCCCCCCCAGUUUUAGGAAAUCCUUGACAAGUUCACGACCACUACAUCGUGAUUACCGUGGCCUGUCCAGGUCCCAUCAUGUAACUAAGGUAAAAACCAUUAGCCAAAGCAAAAUUGAGUUGGAGAUGGACUCGACACGCAGCCCCCCCCCCCCCAGUUUUAGGAAAUCCUUGACAAGUUCACGACCACUACAUCGUGAUUACCGUGGCCUGUCCAGGUCCCAACAUUUUCGAACCUCGGACAAGAUCCAAAUCUCCCUCUUGUCAAAAUCAGGGCGUCGCCCAAUAUCGCAGUGGUUCGCAUAAUCAUCCCCCCUACUUAGGCAUGCUCAAAACAGUAGCAUCUAAACAUUGCUAUGUCCUAAAGAUACUGCCUAGGUACCUAAAUUCUGAAACCAUCACCAGGCUAUCUUGCACGAGGAUUCCACUAUACCGCCCUGACUAGUUAAACUGCUCGUCUCAGGCACAAAUGUAUAGUGUCUGUACAAAACUCUACUCAGUGUUUUGCCAUAGAAAGAAUACACCAUAAUUUCAUAAUGUUAUUACCAUGAAAAUUAAUUUAAAAAAUGAACAAUGACAUACAAACUUUUGAAAACAACAUCCUAAAAAUGAAAACUUCAAAGCUAAAUUUUAACGUCUGUUAGAUUUUAUAUACGCUUUCAAAUUAGGAAAAAUUAUAACAUUGACAACAAAAUUAUUGUCCCGCACACAAAAAUUGACCACAAAAUAAACGAAACUCUGCCUGUUAAAUGGAAAAAAAAUAACAUCUAUGGACACAUGUGGACAUCCUUAAAUUGUCCAGUUCCUAAUUCAUAUUUAAAGAGGGCGGGAUAUUACGCCUGUCAGUCGCCUGACAAAAAGCGUGCACAUUUUCCCACCAGCUUAACUCUUCCCUCUCAAUUCUCACUUGCUUCAUUUUGUUAUGGCCUUUUCACACAUUAUUGACUAACAAAUGCAAUCUUUGCACAUUUAAAUUCUUAAAUAUAAUAAUCUCAUCAUCAUUAAAAUUGCAACCAUGAACAAAACAGACCUGUCAUGGCUCUCAAAAUUUGAGCACUCCUGGCUCUCAUGAUUAUAUAUAUCACGCACAUAAACAUCAACACAAAUUUUCUCUACUACCCCGCUCUCAUGGGAAAACUCUCAUCCUCUACGUAAUGUUCAUAAUAAGGAUUAAAAAUGUUCAUCUCAGUACCACCAAGGCUCUCGGUCCUCGAACAACCCGUGUCUCCCACACACAAAAAUUCACUGACUGGACUACUUCCCUCGUAGCUCCAUGUAAAGUGAUCUCCAAUGUCCUCCACCUUGUUAAAAAUACGCUCACUUGACAAGCUCACGACCUCUACCUCGUGAUCUCCGUAGCUUGUCCACUUCUUAAUAUUAUGAACAUCUCCCUCUUGCACAAAGUCAACAUCUGCUUGCUGUAUACAAUCAAGAAAUGCCUCUGGUACUAAACCCAGAUCUCCCUGAUGUAUAACAUUAGCAAAUACCUCCUGUACCAAGCCAAUAUCUUCUUGGUUUACAAAAUCAAUAAAUCCCUUCUGUACUAAACCAGCAUCUCCUUUGUUUACAAAAUCAACAAAUAUAGCAUGUAUUAAACCAACAUGUCCUUGUUGUACAUAAUCAACAAUGCCCUCAUGCAUCAAACCAAAAUCUCCUUGCUGUACAGAAACAACAUUUCCCUCCUGUACUAAACCAGCAUCUAAUUUGUUUACAAAAUCAACAAAUAUCUCUUGUGUUAAACCCACAUGCCCUUGCUGUUCAAAAUCAAUAUCUGCCUCUUGUACCAGGCCAGUUCUAAUUACAGUCUCUAUGUCAAUUGAAAUAUCCUCAAGACUACACUGUUCUAUGCCUACUUCAGUACAACUGCGUCAAUUUUCUCACACGCAGCACCCAGGUUUUCAAUAUCCUGGCAUGUAAAAUGUCUAUCUGACUCCUGACAUUCAGCUACAUUUAAAACGUUCCUGGCCUCCUUAAUGUCAACCAUAUGGUCAUUGAAAUUUACCUCGUUAAUAGCCCCCAUGAACAAAUCGUUCUCCCUGUCCUCAGCCACAUCAGCACCACGUUCCUCAGGAUACCCAAGUUCCUCCACAACUUCGUUAAUAUGUUUCUUAACCUCUUUGACAAAAGUGAUUUUACUCUUUUUAACUUUCACCCACUGCCUCCUGCUUUCCUUAGCCACACGAAUAUAAUCUCUCUGUCUCUCCCUCUUCCAUUUCUCAACCUCAGCCACUUGUUUCCUACUUAAUUCUUCUCUCCACAUAUUAUGUUUUUCCUGCAACAUUAACUCUGCCUGUGCCAACUCCUGGUCCAGCUGUUCUCGCCUAACCUGUCUUUCUUGUUCUUCCCGUUCUAGCCUAUCUUGUCUAUCUCGUUCUCUAGCUUGUCUAUCUCGUUCUUCCCGUUCUAGCCUAUCUUGUCUAUCUCGUUCUCUAGCUUGUCUAUCUCGUUCUUCCUGUUCUAGCCUAACUUGUCUUUCUUGUUCUUCCCGUUCUAGCCUAUUUUGUCUAUCUCGUUCUCUAGCUUGUCUAUCUCCUUCUUCCCGUUCUAGUCUAGCUUGUCUUUCACGUUCUUCUCGUUCUAGCUUAUCUUGUCUAUCUCGUUCUUUAUCCCUAUCCUCCCUAUCUAGCUUAUCUUUUUCUAUCAGUUUCCUUUCCACCCACCUAGUAAGAGCCUCGUCUUUAUAACCCAGGUCCUCUCCAAACUCUCGUAGUUCCAACAUAUAGGUUUCAUAUACACUCGUUGUUUCCAUUGUUUAUAAUCAUAAAUUUAACAAUUGGGAAGGGUCCAAUACAACAGACUAAAAUAAUACAUUUAAAUAUGUUAUAUAGCACAAAAGGUAUGUAUAUCUAUCUAUCUAUAUAUGUUUAUGAACAAAAUCUUACAUAACUAUAAAGAGAACACAAAUAAAACAUGUAACUCAAGUCUUUAUCUUGUCCCUCACUGAUCUCUGGAGCACAAUUGUCACUGAACGGGCAUGAGUACAAUGUCAAAUAGGGGUACAGCACAGUGCACAGCAGGAAACAGUAACGUCAGGAUGCAGUCACAGAGUGAUGCGGGCCCAGCAGGGUACAGGCCAGGCAGCGGUUUACCAUCAAACCAGGAAACAGCACAGAGGCAUGCGGUGGUCGCGGGAUACAGGCCCAGUGGGAUACUGGCCAAGCAGGAUACAGGCCAGGCAGUGGCCUAACGUCAAACCGGGAAACAGCACAGCAGCAUACGAUGGUCGCUGGAUACUGGAUACGUCAUAUCCCUUUCCACACAAUACGUCACAAGAUACUAAGAAUGAUAGAUAAAACAACACACAUAAUCUCAAACCAUUUUGUCAUAAUGGGAUUUCAGCUUUGUGGCAUCAAAUUUUAAAUGUACUUUUCUAGAAAUAUGUCUUUUGAUUUAAAAAAUCUUAGAUAUGUAUUUGAAUCUAUUGAAACAUGCUUUAAAUUUCACAUUAGUUAGGAAGUCUCCGUGGCAUUGCUAUUUGGUCUGGUUUAUCUUUGCAUUAGUAAGACAUGUUGUUGCAUCAAUUGUUGGGAAUCAACUUGCAAUUAAAGACAUAAACUUUAAUUUCUUCAAACACAACAUUAAGAAGUUCUAGUACAAAACAUUUUUGGAUCAUUCAACGUGUGUGGUGGCAGUACUUUGAAUGGGGAUCAUGUUUGCAACCCUUCAAUAAAGUACUGAAUGAUGAUGCCAUAAUUUCUUGUACAAGCAUUAUAAUUAAAAAUGUCUUGAUAAUCAUCACAAUCCAUUUUGUUGCCUGAACAGUAGUGUACUAAAAAUUUAAUUUCAAAAUAUUUUUCAAUUUAAUAACUUUUUUUUCAAAAAAAUUGCAUUUAGAAAACAAAAUCCAUGUUAUCUAGUGCGUACGCACAGGCCCACAAUUUACAGACAACACUGGUGUGAAGGGAGAUAACACCAUACUUGAUGUAAUAUGGUUUUGAUACUCACUUUGAAUUGGAACAAUGAUUGUGAUGCAAUAUUUCUUGAUCAUUUCUAUUGUUGACGUUUUAUGGAUAUAAAGUCGUAUAUUGGUCUUUAUAGAUUGUCCACAAAGUUUACUACCUUUGAAAUGAUAGCAUCUCUCCAUAAGGUUCUGUUAUUCUUUAUGGAAAAUAUCAUUUCAUUUGUCUUAUUUAGAAUUUUUGGACUGACCAAUGCGUUAUGCCCUUUAGUGGUGAUUAGUAUUUCUCCCUGUCUUUUCUAAUCUCUGCAUUCCUAAUAUUUGUUUUAAAAAAAUGUAUAAAGUGGUUGUUCACCUAGUAUCCUACUGCUCUCUCUCAUCAGUUCCCUAUCUAUACCUUUAUACGUGCCAGAUAUUUGCUGUAAUAUUUUGAUCCCCAUUUAAUAAAGACAAAAACUUAAUUGAAAACACGCUUAAAAGAGGCAGUGAUACUAAGGUUUUUUUUUAAAAAUGAUACAAACGAACUAUAGGCUAUUCAUUUUUCUCGAAUACACCAGCGAAUAUUUAAUUUUGUUCACAAACUACUAUUAUUCUUAUUAUUAUGCAUAUUAAAUUAGUUUAAGAAAAAACAAUAAUUGUACUUCGUAAACAAAUAUUAUAAAUAUAAGAGUAAGAGUAAAAAUAAUUAAUAUUCCAAAUUGUUAAAAAAAAAUUAUGUUUUCAAAUAAAUGAAAAUCCAUUUUGAAGAAAAGUCAUCACAUAAAAAUUAAAUUUAUUUGAACUAUUUACUUUCUUUUAAAAAAAAUCCUCUGAAUUCAAAUAAAUAUAUUCAUACUCUUCCACAGAUAGAAAAACAUCCACAGAACAAACCUUAUCGACCGAUUCGAAUAUCAAAGAUGUUAAGUCAGAUUGGUUUCCCAAUUACCUUUUAAACCCAGCUUUCGUCACAAUUGUGUGUUCGAUUAUUACUGUUGGCCUACUUGUUUGGUAGGUAUUAUCUAUAAUUAUGUGAUAUCCUACCUAAUUAAAAAAAAAAAACACAUUAUUUAAGUAUAUAUUAAAUCAAUCGCUUCAAACCUUUUUUUGGCCACAUCCUAUUUGGCUCCAUUCCUUAUCGCUAGCGCCGACCACUGUUUCCCUAAAAUAUAAUUACCCAGGACAGUAUUUUGUACAAGGCUAUGACUUAGUUUUUCACUGCCCAACUAAUAUUUAUGAUUAUUAAAAGUUAGUUGCCAUUUAUUUUUUGCAUCAUCAAAAUGGGGGGGGGGGGCAAAGAGAUUUAUUAAUAUAUUAUCUGUCCUUUACAAAGUUGAGUAAAAUAAAUAUACAUCAAUAAUUUUCUUUUUUUUUAAAUAUUAAAAAUUUUUUUUUUUGCAUCCACAUAUGGGGGGGGGGGGGGGCAAAGAGAUUUAUUAAUAUAUUAUCUGUCCUUGACAAAGUUGAGUAAAAAUAAAUCUACAUCAAUAAUUCUCUUUUUUUAUAAAUAUUAAAAAAGUGUUUGAAAAAGGUACACAUAGGCCUUGAUGUGUUUCUUAAUUUUAAUGGCUACAAUACUUCCUAUACUUUCGAAUAGUCAGAACAGCACCGACGAAGCGUUAUUGAGCAUAAGAUAUCAACAAUGUAAUCUAUUAAAAAAAAAUGCUCGUUGCUUUUCAAAACCGGUCAAUAUGAUGGAAGUUAUUGCAGAAAGAGAAACUUCUGUAUUUUAAUCGCAGAAAAUGUAGACUACAAACAAAUGAUGCCAUCCUGUUCCAUAAUAAUGUUAAUAUUGCAGGUAUAAAUUAAUCAGUUCUUAUGCGAUAUCGAAAAUAGGAACUAUUUGCUUAACAAAAAGAUUUUUAAAAAAAAAGCAAUAAAUAUUGAAAUAAUAGUGGUUAAAAAUUGUAUAUCUUUAAUAAAGUGUGUAAUAUAAAAUACAAUAUAGUCAGAGAUUAAUAUUAUUACACACUUAAAAUUUUUUAAAGAUCUUUUAUACACUAAAAUACAUGUUUUUUCCCCAGCUGAUUGAUCUUAAAUUAAUUUUUUUUUAAAGAUUCACAUUUUAAUAUAUUUUUCCCUUAUCUUUUUAUGCUAAAAGUAUUUUAAGAUAAUUAAUUAGGGUUAUACAUUAAAUGUUGAUAUUAUUUGACGGUUGGGAUGGAACUAUCAAAAUGUCUUUAUAUUUGUUGAUAUAUUAAUGGACGGAUUUUUUUGUUAACUAACACCUUUAUUUUAUGUAUUGUUUAAAGUACUUAAAGAAUACUUUUAAUUAAAUAAAUCUAUAAUACAAUAUGAGGUAUGUAGAUUUUAGAGACCUACCGAGUUUCGGCUUCAUCUAGUUAAAUUCAGACUGUCUGUCUCUAGGCCGACAAUCUGAUAUUCAUUAGUGAUCGACGUCUUGCUGUCAUUGUAUGUUAAAUGACUGAUACUCAGCGAAAGCUGAAUACAGCUGCAUAAUGACCUACUUGCCCUAUAUUUCCAAACAAUUUAAUUUCAAUUAGACCUAGACAAAUGUAAACACUUUUGUGGAAGAAAAACUAAAGGAAUGUUAUCAUUAUUUUUGUUUCAAUUUUUGUUUCAAAAAUAAAAUAUUGAAACCUAGGUUUAAUCAAUUCAUUCAUUUUUUUAUAUUCAUUUUGAUUGAUUGUUAUCAUUCUAUUCAAUAUUGUCAUAUGCCAAGGUGAAUAAUAUUGCAUAAUCCAUGGGAAUGGUAACAUUUCCAUUUUAAUUAUUUUUUAUUUUUUUUUUUUAAUUUUUAAAAGCAAACUUAGGCCUUUUCAAACCAUUCAUUCCUUGAAAUUCAUCAUUGUCUUGCCCGUAAAACUUUUAUUGACGAAAUAACAUGUGUGUACAUGCAUCACUGGUUCGUAUUAUAAUUAUGUAGUAGGUCUACUGCAGACCUACUUACUUUUUAUGAUAUUGGCGACAAAUUUAGGUGUCUUUUGCGACUCUACGUCUAGAGACAUCAGAGCAACAAUUUAAGAGACCCGUUUAAAAAAAAAAAAAGUAGCCACCAAAGGGUGAGGGAGUUUGGUCGUCGAACGAAAUAAUGACUUAUCAGCACAGAAAUACUAGUGUGUUGUUACUAGGCUAAAUAUUAAUACAUUGAUAUCUUGCAAGCUAUUAAUGAAAACACAAAGCAUUAGUAUUACGAUAAGAGUGAAACAUUGAGCCGAUAAUUUUAUAGCCUUAAUUACAUAUAUUUAGGUGGCAAAAAUAAUUAAAGUAGGACAUGUUCUAGGGUGUAAUUAUGUUAUUAAAGCAAAGGGCUCUCAAGGGUGUAUUUUGCAUUAAUUUUGCCUCUACCCCCGACUUCCCCACCCCCACCAAUCUUUCCCAAUUUUCUCCUUCCUUACUGUUUAAAAAAAACAACAUUAAAAGCAAUUUAACUAAGUUUUAAUCUAAAAUGGUAAAAGCCAAAGUAUUCAUUAGAUCAAGGGUCUCAAACUCAAAUUAUCAGGAGGUCCGCAGGAGGUAGAGUCUGAGUGAGCCUGGAGCUGCAUCGAGUAUUCCACAACACAGUGAUUACAAAUUCAUUAAAGUAUAACUGUUACAUCUGCUCAACCUUUUUAAAUAACAAAUAAAAACAUUGAAGGGUUCUCAAGAACUAGGCUUCACUUUCUUCCACCUACACUUUUUGUCAGAGACCUGGCAGCGCUUCUUUUUAUACAGCUGAGCAACUUUGGCUUGAUUGAAGAAGCACCUGAGACCACUAUAAAGCUUGAAGCUCCUCAUCAGUAAGUUUGGCACUGAACGUUCACUUGUUAAAGUUUAUAGUGGAUAGUGGAAAACAGCGUUUCAAACAGAGGGGUACUCCAAAAUGUCAUAUGAUCACCUUGAAAAACCUUGAAAUCUCAGGGAAGGUGGAGGGCAAUGCAAUAUAAAGUCCAUGCUUGUCUGUUUUCCAUUUAGCUCUCUGCACGGGGCAUCUUGCACAUUACAGAAGAAAGGGUCAGUAAAAAGCUGAAAGACAGCUGUAUGUGUUUUAAAGUUUAAAAAAUGUGAUCAAUAAUUUUCCUGUAGCUUUGCAAUGGCAUCAGUAAACUUACUACUGAGUUACUACUGAAUGAAGUGCAGGAGUCCAUGAGUACUCUGCAUGUUGGAAAAUGAAAGAUAUUUCUUUAGGAACCAUAACACAAGUUUUGUAACGAACGCCCUGUCAUUGUCAUCGACAACACUGACAAGGUACCCCUGGUCUUGUAACUUCUUGUUGAGUACAUUCAGCUCCUGUGUAAUGUCAACAAGAAAAACCAAGUUCUUGAGCAAUUUGGUAUCAUUAAUAACAGGAACAACCAGCCCAUCCUUUUUUAUGAAGGCUUUAACUGCUAAAGCGUGUCAGACAGAGCAGAUUAAAUCUAUUAAUUAUUGAUGCGAAGGAAGCAGCUAUGUCAGGCAUAAUGCAUUUUUACCUUUUAUCGUAGUAAAUGUCUUUUGACCAACCCGAUCUUGAAAGACAGUCCUACUAUAUGGAACAGAAACUUGGAAAAAAUGACGAGAAUUACGCAGCAAGUAGAAACCUUCAUAAACACAUGCCUUAGAGCGAUCCUGAACAUCAAAUGGUCAAAAAGUAUUACCAUUAAAGAUCUAUUGAAAGUACUCACCAGAUGUCCAUCGACGGAAACAUCUUAAAGAAUAGAUGGAGAUGGAUAGGACAUACUCUCCGAAAACCCCCAGAUAGCAUCACCAGAAAAUUUCUCACUUGGAAACCCACAGGGUUGCAGAAAGAGAUGAAAGCCAAAGAAUACAUGGAGACGUAAGCUAGAGGCAGCAACGAAAAAUAUGGGAUACACCUGGAAACAACUGGAAAGGAAAGCACAGAACAGUGAUGAAUGGAGAAUUCUUGUGGAUGUCCAUUUCCCUAGACAGUUUAAAAAGGCAUAAGAAGAAAAAGAUUCUGAAAGUAACCAAGCUGACAGGCUCGGAAUUUCGCUCACUCGUAAACACUAGCGGCAAUUUUAAUAGGAAUCCUUUAAUAAUGUAUCAGAUUGCUACGAUUUACACAAUUUAGGUUAUGUAUUAUCCGCCAAUUUACUUUUAAAAACUUUUCUCAAAGCCGCACUCUUUGCCAUGUUUGUCUCAUAAAAAGCUAUAAAAUAAAAACUUUUGGUCCCAUUUUAAAACGGUACUUACCAUUAAAAUAAUCAUACAAAUAUAUAGAAACGGAAUAAAAAUCAGAAUUAGACUAGUCGGUGAGAUUCCACUUAAACCGUCGAGGAGAGUCACAGUAUAGAAAUGACAAUUGGGAACAUGCGUCAGCUGCAUUAACAAUAAACUUAGCUGUCAUGUAGUGGGCCGCAAAAUAUCGUCUGGCAGGUCACAAAUGGCCCACGGAACGCAAGUUUGAGACCGCUAUAUUAGAUGUUUACUUAUUAAUAUUCACCAUUAUCUCAUUUUUUAUAAAAGGAAUGAAAAUACUGAUACUUUCCCCCAUCACUUUCAAUGUAUGCAGAAUGUAUGCGUGAACAAAUGUUUAAAUAUCUAAAUAUUUCAUUUUCAGCUUCGGCUUUGGCUUCGGCCGAAAGUCUUUUUACGCUUUCGCUUUCGGUUUCAAUUUCGGUUGAAAGUUAUUUUUAAAUGUUGGCCUAUUUCAGUUUCAGUCGAAAGUCAUAUCAACCUUUUGGGCUUUUUACGGUUUCGGCCGAAAUCAGAAAAUCACUUUCGGUCGGUCUUUAUUUUGUUGGAAUAAGGCUAAAUGACCUAACUAAAAGUAGAAAACCCUGUUUCAAAAAAGAUUUUUAGAAAUACAAUUAUGAUUCGUAACUACCGUUUAAAUUGCUGGAUAAUGGCAUACAUUUUUUAAAUACUUUGUUAAUUUUUAAACAUAUUUAUUUGGUUCUGAUUAGAUUAAAAACUCAAAGAGCCUUGUCAAUAAGGCCUUACAUAAUUUUUUUCCGAAAUUAUGGCUCCCGACCUAAAGACUCGUGACAAUAUGGCGAUGAAGAAAGAGCCACCGAAAAUAUGACUCCUACAAAUGAUCCCCUAAAAAUAUGGUCCCCGUCUAAAAGGACCCACAAUAAAAUGGCUUUAGAAAAAAAGCCCCCCCCCCCCCGAUAAUAAUGCUCCUGGCUAAGAAGCCACAGCACCAACCAUUAAAAGUAUAUAAAAGAGCUGCAUCAUCCAAGGCCUCGUACCAAUGUGUGGAGGGAUCUUGGGAUGGUGUUUUUUUAUAUUGGAUGUGCAGUAUGUUUACAUUAUCUAAAAUUUCGGAAUAGUUAAUUUUGCUUCAGGUUUUGGCAAACCUUAUCGAUUUUAUAAAUCCGGUUGUAGACAAUCUUUCGGUUUUAACAGUGCUUCCUUAACAGAUUAACAUUAACAAAAUCAUUUUGUAUGUUUUAUGAUUGCUAAAGCUGCAAAUAUUUAAAAUCGAUAUCCGAUUUGUGUUUAUAAAGGUGUCAUUCCAUUAAUUACUUCCUCGUCUAUGGAUAGGGAAGGGUAACUGAGAAGUGUGAAAAUGUUUGACAAUUGCAGAGUGGUAAAUAGCACGUUGUAAAAUAAUUUUGAUUUAUUUAUGGUUUUUAUUAUUUUUUAAACUUUUUUAUCUUCAUACAUAUUAUUCUCUUUGCUUCGAAUCAACAAUACAAACAAAAUACAUUAAGUUGGGUUAAAAUUCAAUUUGAAGCCCUAUUUCUUUACCAGCAAUUUUGAAGAGCCCUUUUACGUUGAUGUUGCCCAACUUUUCUAUAAUGUAGCUUAAAAAUAUAUGCCAUCCUGAUCGGACUGAAACUUUUGCUUAAUUUGUUUAUGUCAUAAUGUACCAUAUUUCCAUAAAAGUAUGCAUCAUUAAGUUUACCUUGUCUAAGGUUGUUUAAAUGUUUAGCUUUAUUUUUUUUUCCUCCACUAGGAUUUAUUCACGGCUUAAACAACAAAGACGAUAGUCGUAAGUCAUUUUAUACAUUUCAAUUGUACAGUUAAAUAUUUUUGCUGUUAUAUACCUGGGAAUAUACUUUGAAACAGCAUAACCGCAAAUAUAUAUAAAGAUCAAUUUAGAACUUGGUCUGGCAAACUUAAGCCCGCGGGUCUUAUAUAACUGGCUUUAUUUUCAUUGCCAUAGCAGCUUUAAAUUAACUGCAUCGUUAUUUAUAUACAAAUUCCGUUUUUAAACAUGUAUAAAAAUACAUUCGCUGUUUUCAACCCAAUAGAGUCAUAUGUAUUUAGUUUUAACAUCUCUCCUAUGAAACAGUUUUAUAAUAUUCAAUAAAAAUACAGUUCUGGCAUUUUCAUACACAAUAAAUUUAAAAACAUGCAGUUUAAGUUUUUGGUUCAAAUAUACAGUGCUGGUAACUAUCCAGCAUAAUUAAGUCGAGCAGCAUUUUAUUUAAAAAGUUGCUCACUUCGUCAGUCGCACUCUCUUGUUUGAUCCAAUGACGACUGGAAAUGGACCAGAAUGUAGCAAAUGACCAGCAGUCUCUUACGUGCGUGUAAGUGUGUGGCGCUGUGCUCAUUAUGUGUUCCAGGUCCAAGACUUAAUGGAAUCUUCAUUGUGUCUGUGUCACACGGAACCAUACAACAGGUUUGAUAUCAGUUUGCCUACUCUUCAAUGCGUUGUCAUCCAAAGUUAACUAGUCAAUCUACCGGGAUGCUGGGGUUAGACUUUUGCGAGGAAUAGAAUAAGUUUAGACUGAUCGGCCACCCAGCAACCCAUCUUGCAGAUAUUGAAGUUACGGCGAGAACAUGGUUUUGGUGUGUCAAUCAUUAGAGAAACAAUUAAAAAUAUUUAACGACGGGGACUUAUUUAAGAAUCUCAGCCUUUCGAAGAUCAUGAUUUAUUAAAAUGUAUUUAUAAUUUAUAUAAGAGGAUGAAAAACCAAAUAUCGGAUAAAGGAGGAAAUAUCGUAUGUAAACUGAGAGAUGAUGCCAAAGAGUUGCAAUUUUGUACUAUUGAUUGGGCUAUCAAAGUAACUGAUGCCAUACAUUUUUUUAUUUUUACAAAAUGGGGAAAAUAGAAGUUUUGAAAUGUCAAUAAUUAUCUGAGUUUAUAUUAUGCAAAAAUCAACAGGAACUAUAUUUUUUUCAAAUCAUUUUGAACUAUUAAUUUUUCAUAAAUAUGUAAAUUGGUCAAAAUUAAUGUUUGUCAAAAUGGGUAUGGAUUAAACCAUCUGAUUUAAAACAAACUGUCUAGUUAGGAAAAUAUACUAGCCCAUUUUAAAGAGUUGGCUGUUCCCAUCCUAUAGUUUUUCAUAGUAUUAUUCAUCUGCAGGCUAAAUAUUUAAAAAGUGUGGAUUUGUUUUGUUUAUAUUGAAAGUUUUAAUUUCUUUUAUGAAAUUUAUUCUCUGCGUUGGCCUCCGUUCGGAACAUCAGAUAUUACAAAGCUAAUGGGGACUCCGAUGUUCGAAAGUAUCUUGGGAGAUUGCAGAGCUAAUAUUAAACUUCUCUUUAAAAAAAAGUUACGGGCAUAAUCAGUACUUACUUACAGGGAAUGGCUAUCGAAAUUUGCAGUUGACGUAAAUUUGACAACAAUUAAUCUUAAAUUCCAUUGCAAAACAUUCUAUUCUUCGAAUUGUACACCAUUGUAAAGGAAUUUCAACAAAAACGUUUUAAAUUAAAGUCCAAGUGGAUGAGGGUUUGCAUCACUACAUUUCUAUGUUAUAUAUGUGCCAAGUUUGGUCAAGAUCCUUCAAUCCAUGUAAAAACGUCUGUGGAACUUAUCCAACCCAAACAAACUUUCACUUUUAAAUAUGUGUAUAUGAUAUGAUAAACCUGCACCUUAAUGAGUUUCCUUAAAUAAAACAUUAUUUUUGGGUUUCCAAAUAUUUUUUUUUUUUUAAGCAUUGUCAUGGUCCAAGUCUAGUUUUAUUUUUUUUAAUUUAUUUUUUAAAUAAAGGUUUUACUCUGCCUACAAUCGUAGAGUAAAAUAAAUUAUACAAACUUCUGGCUGGUACCCUUCUCUCACUUUUAAAUGCCAAUCAAUAAAUCGAUUCCCAUAUAAUCAAUUAAUAUAUUUUGAAACGCGUUGUACUUUAUUAACAAACUUUUGAAAAGAAGCCUGACCUGAAUGUCAAUUGCAAAGGAAUAUUUUAUGAACGUCCCUUAAAUUUAAUAUUAAAUAGAGAGAGGGUAAUUCAUAUUGAUUUUAUCUGGUCAGUCACUACUCCAUUAUGCCUUCCUUCAAAACCACAAUGAAUCAACUUCGUUCCUUUAUCUUAACUGUUUUUAGCUUACUUCCACCGAACCUAGCCACCGACUGUAAGGAACUUGCAUUCACUCUUUUUAAGAAAACUAGGUACAAUGUACAUCUCAAUUUCCUUCAAAACUUUAUAUGUCUCCGCAUUGUACCUAAAGGCUUUACCAGUAAUUUCAACCCGGCGGCUGGCUCCCUUAACUCUGACGACAGGACCAAACUUCAAUCACUUGAGAAGAAAAUGGCAUUUCAGCUUUUGCAUAUUCUUAUACACAGCCAUAAGCGACUCAUCGCCGAUCUCAGUGCCGCGAUUUACCAACUUGAAGGUCGACUCCUUUCUAAGACCUCUAAUAACCGCCAAUUGUAUGACCUUAUUAGAACUAUUAUUCACCAACUUAAUCGGGAACUAUACCACUUCCUUUCUACCAACAAAAAGAAAAACUCGACAAUCUUAGGCACACUAACAACUCUACACCUCAUCCAACUGUCACAGGCAACAACUUAGGCCCACUAACAACUCUACACCUCAUCCAACUGUCACAGGCAACAACUUAGGCCCACUAACAACUCUACACCUCAUCCAACUGUCACAGGCAACAACUUAGUCGUGUGCAUCCCCUUGAACUUCAACUCUCUGAUGAUGAAAGGUCGCUACUUUCUAAGGGUCUUAAAUUUAUUCCUCUGAAACCAUCUUGCGACCGAUAUCAACUUCUUUCGAAUUCCCACCGCUACUUUCGUUCCUUGAGGCUUCAGUUUCACUUCGGUGGGAAAAGUACCGACCUCCCCGAAGACGAGAUUUUCCCAUUUCAUAGGGAACGCAAAUCCACUUGGACACCACCUUUUAAUCAAUCUAAAGCUUUAGACUUAUAUAUAAAGAGCACGGAACAUGACAUCAAGAACCUCUCUUUACCUCCACUCCGGAAAUCCAAUCUUUCUAAAAGAGAAUCACUCGCACUCUCUAAGCUGCGCAGUCGGAAAGAUAUCGUCAUCAAACCAGCUGAUAAGGGGGGAGCUGUUGUGAUGUGGGACAGAGAUCUCUACAUCAAGGAGGCUCAUAGGCAACUAGACGACAGCCAGUUCUACCAACCGAGGACCAACAACCCUAUCACCAAACAUAACGACAUGGUGAAAGGGACUAUCAAGAAAAUGAUUGCAGAAUCAGCGCUUCCCAAAUCGGCCUCUGCCCUACACAUCUUCGAUAGUGACCUCGGUAAGCCAUGCUUCUACCUACUUCCCAAAAUUCAUAAGUAUGGUAACCCUGGCAGACCCAUUGUCUCAGCAUGCUCUUGCCCCACCGAACAUAUCUCGGAAUUCCUUGAUGGAGUUUUUCAACCCAUCGUUGCCUCACUGCCCACUUACAUUAAGGACACCAACCAUGCUCUACAAGCCUUUGAAUCUAUCAUAAUCCCUCCUGAAAAGAAACAUCACCUAUUUCUUCUUGUGUAUGUUCUCUAUACACUUCCAUCCCCCACACUGACGGUCUCUUAGCUCUCAAAUUCUUUCUUGAAACCAGACCCCACCUCCCCCUCCCACUUUGGGACCAAGCCGUGUGGAUGCAGUCGUUGCAACACGUGCCCUUUUGUCGUCCAGACUGAACGCAUACGUUUCCCCAAGGGCAGUUUUCAGAUACGCGACGGUUUCCUCUGUACAAGCCGCAACGUUAUCUACACCAUUGUCUGCAUCCGCUGUCAGAUGACAUACAUAGGGGAGACUGGACGCCGUCUCUCUGACAGGUGUACCAAACACCCCCGAAACAUUACACAAGAUAAACAGUGUCCCGUCUCCAAACACUUCAAUAGUAGUGACCACCAGGGCAAGGAGGACUUUUUAAUAAGUGCUAUUGUGGCUAGCACGAACACCGCCAGCCGGGUCAAUUUGGAACACAGACUUAUCCUGACUUACGGCACUUUGACGCCACAUGGGAUUAAUGUUAUGUCUCUGUUCACAGCUUGACCCUAGCUCCACCCCUCCACGUUCUGACCUAUCACAGUGAACAUUUUUCUCCCCCCUUUUUUUUCGCCGCUGCUUAUUUAAACUCUCACUCAUUUACCUUCUGCCACACUUCUAUUCCUGCCCACAGAUACUACUUUCCAGCUAAGUGCUAUUUCUUAUAUUUAUACCGUUUUUUAUGUUGUUUUGUUCGCUGACGAAGGCUUUCUGCCAACAUAUUCGCUGUUUUGUUGCGUUUAUUUUUUCAGGUUUAACUCUACUCUGUUCUACUCAUUUUAUUUUGAUUUUAUCUGGACACGUAAUAUAAUUUGGGUUGACUAUGUAUACGUAUACUUGUGAUUGGGUUAUCUUAAUUCAAUGCUUACUAAAAUAGAUAUUAGUGUGCUUUCAAAUGCACACCAGCGCGAUACAAUCAUAUUAGCUACAUUUUAUGUAAAAAGAGGCAGUGAGAAAGAAGAGAAAGUUUUGUAAUAAAUAAGCUAUAUAUAUAUGUGUGUGUAUAUAUAUAUAUGUGUGUAUAUAAAAAAUGUAUAUAUAUAUAUAUAAUACAGCGACGCAUUCACAGCGACAUCUAAUGCGGCUUAAGCACAUUACAAGUCACUGAAGAUAAAUGCAUAUUGAUUUUUCUUCGCACGUAUUGAAAUCGCUGCAUUUAACACAUUUUCUUGUCAUCAAAUUGACAAGGUUUAACACCAGCAACUAAUAUAAAAUAUUUUAACUUUCCACUUUUUGCAGACCUAUUUUUGCCAUGCCUCCAUGAUAUGAAGUAUGGUAUUAAACAUGCACGCAUGCUUUGCGACUAGUUUUGAGCUUUAAAUUUGUUUUUUCUCUGCACCAGCUUGCUCUAUAAAGCAAUAGCAAAUGUUACUUUUGCGAUCAUAAUAGUCCUCUUUUAAUGAUAGAAUUAUGAUAUAGAGAAACUAGAGUCAAAAUGUUGAGAUCGUUAUUUCAAGUACGCAGCUUUGCUUUACUCCUCAGCUGACUGAAAAUGCAUUAAACUUUGGCCCAUUGAAGUUUGUUUGCGAUUUGCAUUUUUUGGUGUAAAAAAUGCUAUGAUAGCGAGCACUCUUUUGGGGGUAUUUAAUUGAAUAAACAGAAAUAAGUAAACCAAGUUUACAUUUUUUUCAUUCAUCGAUAUGAUUGUAGAGGGCAUAUAUGAUAUUGACAUAUCUUUACUGUUAUUUGCUUGGUGAGAACAUCAAGUUUACUGUUUUUAGUAAAGAAACGAAAAAACUAAAAUUCCAAUUUUCAUUAUGUAAAAUAGUAGACAUAAUCAUUCUUUUAAAGUAAAUGUGAUAAAAAAAGCCCUUUAUUUUAUAGAUAACUUAAUUAAAAGGAUAAUAAUAUUUACUAUUAGUGCAUGUUAAGUGCAUAUAUUUAGUUUACAGUAAAAAAAAAAUAAUAAACAUUUAGUCAACAACAACAAAACAAUUACAAAACAGUCAAGGAAAGGUUUGCUUUAUCUAUUUUUUUUUAAAAUGCCGCAAAGAUUCUUAUUCAACGAAAUAAUUUCAAUCAGGUUCGCAAAAUGGGAUAUUGUAAAAUUAAAAAUCUACUUUACAUGUUGGAUCGUAACAAUAGCUAUAUUUUAAAAAACACACAAUAAAAACAUAACAAUAGUACAAAAUUAGUGUUCUAGCCAGGUUCGUAAGCAAUAACUUAAUAUCGUGUGAUAUAUAUUCAACCGGCAAAACAUACUAUAUAAGAUGUUUUUUUCAAAAAUAUUCUUUAUUACCUCUAAUGAAUGUUGCUUUGAUUAUUGUGCAAGUGCUUAAAACACGAUGACAGCAUUUAUAGAUCUCAAUUAUUAGAAAUAUGUAAGAAACAAUAUUCAUAAUAAUUAAGUGCGUUAUAUAAGAACACCUUAAAUAAUAGUAUCUGCUAAAUUUGGAAAAUAAUUUAUUUAUUUUUCGAACUUUUUUUUUUUUCAAAUGUCAUCAUUAACCAUUGCUAGCAAUAUUCCGUGAAUAUUCAUUUUAACUAGAGGAGACUAUUACUCAGCCAUGCAUUUACUGCCGCGACAUUUUGACAUUUUACUUUGUUAUUUCAUAAUUGCUAGUUUUAUAAACAAAAAAUCGUAUAUAGGACGAUAUGUGUAAAAAUGACCAAGAAAAUAUUGAAUAUUACAUGUUUUUUUUCAAAAGUAGUUAAAGUGUGAUAAACAAUAAUGGACUGGAACAAGCUUUCGAAAGGAACAGUUGAUGCGCCACAUUUGACACAUUUGCGUCUAUUGCCUCAAGCUUUCUUACCCCAGGACAUGAUUUCCUCACAAAGUAGUACUUGAAAUCAGUGAAAUAUACUCAUCAACACCAGGCUUAGAAAAAUUGUCAUCCGCUCUACAUGCAUAGGAGCCUAAAUGAUCAAUAAAUUGAUAAUGGGCCUUAAUAUAUAGAAAAAGAAGAAGGAAAGAAAUAUUAUUUAAAUUACUUUGGGAAUUUUGAAUGCAUUGUGUAUGUUUGCGUAACGUCAUGUAACCAUACACUUGAUCGAUAUUUUUUACUUAAUGUGACUCAGGUUUUUUAAGUAACGUGUGUGCAAAUCCCAGCAUAACCCUAAUCGGGGUUGUCUGGAAUUUCCAAUAAGGCAAUGGUUUUAAUUAAUCAAACACUACAUUGUUGAUUAACAGUCUGUAAACGAUGAUCAGUUAAAACAGCUGCGAACUUAUGUCAGGUUUCUAAAUUAUAUAAUCUCACGAUAGACUACAAACAUUCAAUUAUAUUUCAAUUAUAAAAGUUGACAUAGAGAAAGUAUUGCUGCCCACAGAUACUACUUACCAGCUAAGUGCUAUUUCUUAUUUUUAUAACGUUUUUUCUGUUGUUUUGUUCGCUGACGAAGGCUUGCUGCCGACACGUUCGCUGUUUUGUUGCGUUUAUCUUAUCAGGUUUAACCCUACUCUGUUUUACUCAUUUUAUUUUGUACUAACCUGAUUGCAGUCUCUCCCCUUAUUACCCCAACUAUAAGAUUAUCUAAUUAUUUUCAUUAUUAAUUUUAACCAAUUCUAAACUAAUCGGUCCGAUUAUGUCUGUAUUUAAACUUGCUUGUCGAGAAUAUUGUUCACCAUAAACUGGUAAAGAAAUUCUGAAAUUUGAGCGCUCGUAACUUUUUAAUUAAACUUAAGGAUUUCUUUCUUUCUUUCUUUCUUUUUAAGAGCAUCAUUAUAUUGAUAGAUGGAGUAAAUUAGUUCUAGCAUUGGAAUAUUUGAUAAUUUAGCUGAAAGCCCCCCUGAACGAGCAUCACACGGGACAAUUCAAAACCAAACUAAGAAAGAAGGUGCUGAUGGGAAAUUCAGGGCACUUCCGUGAUCGCAAAUGGCAGUAGAUGAUUAAAAUAAAAACAUAUUGUAUUUAACAAUAUUAGAGGCUUUCAAUAUUUUAAAAAAGUAAUAAUUGAUAAUUUAAUUAAAUCCGGCACCAAUUCCAUUGCACGGGCAGUUGGUUUAAAACCUUUUAUCUAAAACUGUUGUUUAGAUUUUUCAUUUUUUAUGCAGCCCCCAAAUGUUACUUUUGGGACUUAUAUAUAAGUCCCAUGUUUUAUUUCAUGUUAGAUUAUUACGGCCGCUAGGGCUAUCACUAGGGUAUGAUAAUAAUUCCUUAUUAAGUACUUUAAUUUUAUCUUACUCCACACUCACUCUAUCCUUCGAUGACACUCUCACUCGUCAUCAUUAUACCAAGAAACUCAUAAGGAUCAGCUCCCAAAUAAAUAUUUAAUUAUAAACAGAAUUAACGACACCCAUACACAUACAGAGCAAUGACUAAUUAUACUGUCUAAUAUUUAAUACAAUGUUCGAUUGACUAAAUUGCGUUUGGCUGUCUGUCCUCUGUAGGUAGGUAAGGUCCACAACACACGCACACACACACACAAACACACACGCAUUAGCCAUUUUGGUAAGACCUAUUUUCUAGUCACGGAGACGUAAUAGGUGUAGACUCUAACACUUUAACGGUGGGCACAAAUACACACAUAGCCCUCUCGCUUGUUACCUGGUCAUCGCUCCGUCUCUGUUUUUCUAAUAGGCCUAACCUAAACUUGGUUCUUUCUGAUUAGUCUGAACCUAAAGUACCGAUUCCACCAACUGACUCAACUGCGCUGAAUCGUCUAUAGUCUAUGGUUUUGGGGACUGGCUUGCCGAAUGGUCUAAACUGAGCAAAAUUUAAGAUGGUGGUCUGGAGUUCUUUUCCAGCCAAAGGCCAUUAAAGCAUAAACAUCACCCCGGGUGGAUCAGACUCGUUAACCUUGGUCGUCAACUCAUCUAUGAGAAGGAAACUCUGAAUUCAGUCUGGUAGGGCGCAUACAAUGACAAUUCCUGCAACCGUACCCAUACGUUUCGUCUUGACGUAGAGUCUUUCCACUGGAUAUGGUGAAACCGACGAGUGAGUGAAGUUGACGCCGCGCAACUCUUCCUCACUUUAAACAAAAGUCACCCGCGCUAGUCAUCAGUUACCGGACAACUCGAUGGUAACUAUCGAUCUUCGACGGACAAACAAUAAUAAUAAUAAUAAUAAUAAUACUCUAAAGUAUACUAUAUUAUCGUCUAUACUAAGAUCUACAACUGAAUUGUACUCAACUCAGCUGUACUGACUUUAAAUAAUCUCAUGGUACUGCUGUACUAACUGUUACUAAAUGUGCUGACUGUCCUUGCUUCCAACUAACUUUCUAAAAAAUAGAAUAACGAAUUCAACGCGUAAGACAUAGAUCUAACUAAUUAUUAAAAUGAUACCACAUUAUUAAUAACGAAUCAUAAUGUAAUUGUAACUAUAAUCCUAACAGUUCUUAAUAAAACUACAAACCAAUGAAAACUAACAAUACGAACCUAGUUAAUUUACGUAUCAACAAACUUUACCACAAUACAAUAACUAGCCAGGUUCUGCUAACUGACAAACUUCAGGUGAAAGGGGGCGAUGAAUGCUAGGCCCCUUAAUAUAUACUCUUAAUGUAUACCACACAUGCGGCAACUCCACUGGCUUCCAAUAUCCUCUCGCAUCAAGUACAAGUCUGCCAAUCUAUGCUUCAACUCGUUCACUGACCCUCACGUUCCUGUCUAUCUCUCUGAAUUGUUGCUUCCUUACAUCCCCACAAGACAACUACGCUCUUCCAUUGACAAUAGAACCCUCUCAAUACCAAGAACCAAAACUAAGACCAUCGGUGAACGUUCCUUCUACUUCCAUGGGCCCACGUUCUGGAACUAGCUUCCCUUCCAUAUCCGUCAUUGUGAAACCUCGUCCACUUUUAAAAAGUCCCUUAAAACGCAUCUGUUUAGGUCAGCCUAUGACCUGUGAUGCACCCUCCUUGUCCUGCCUCAUUUUCUGUCUCGGGUUAAUCCUGUAAUAUAGGCCAAAACGUUCUAAAGUGUCCUCGUUUUAUAGCCUUUUUAAUUGUUUAUAUAGUAUAGUAGUUACUAUCCUAAUGUCUCAUGUUUAUUUUAGUUAGUUUACAUGUUUUUAAUAUUGUAAAGCGCUUAGAGCUUUAAGGUAAGCGCUAUAUAAAAAUGCCUAAAUAAAUAAAUACUCUAAGUUUUGCAUCCUACCAAGCAUUCAAGCGUCACUUCUGAUGCACCAACCAGAUACGCAUUGUUUAAGCUGGGUCAUGGUCAAGGUUAAUUUUCAUUGUUCAUUGAUUCAUUGUUGUUAUUGGAAGGGCAAAUAUAACUAUGCCUGUCACGGGGGGUACGGUGGAGAGCGAGUGACGAAGUUGGUCUAAACAAGGUUGAAUUUUUAUUUCUAUAAAUUUAUUUCAAGUUUUUAUAUUUGAAAUUUCAAAUAAACAUAAUGCAAUUACCCAUCUUAAAGAAAUAUAGACAGUUAAUAUUGUUGUGUUUUUCUACUGCGCUAAAUUAUUCGAUGCAAAUAGGUAUUUAAAUAUAUAUUUCAGAAAACCAGUAACGAAAAAGGAAACAAUGUAAAGCAAAAUAGUACUGGAUUAUAUUUAUAAAAAUUUAAACCUUAUAUAGCCUAAACAUUCAAAUAAUAAUGCAUUUAAAAGUCAUAAUAUAUUCGAUAAUAAUUAAAUAUAAAUAAUACUAAAACGUUAUCUGAUUUCUUCCAAACGAAUCACAAGUAGUCCAAGAUUUCGACAUUAUGAAAUUGUCAAAAUUGCUGACAAAGGUGCUCUUUAUUUGGCUUUUCAUUGGUAAGUGAAUAUAAUAUAUAUAUAUAAUAUAUAUUUGUGCUUAAAAGUACCGUAUUAUACAACCUUUUAAAAUUAUUUUUUACAUUUAAGAUUAUCAGUCAGUUGCAUAUACUUGACUCAAACAUUUGGACAAUAUCAUACAUAUUCUAAAUUUAAUUUACAAAAUGCACUAUAUAGAUAUGUAUAUAUAUUUAUAAACAAGAAUUAUAAAAGAUAUAAUCUGUAAGCGUUUAUUACACAAAUUGUUCUCGACAUAUUGACUAGGUUAAUGAUUAAGUGAAAAAAAGCCUUGGGUUGACUUCAUCACCUGGCACGGUUACUCUAAAUAUACUUCUUUUUCAGGUUCUAUCUUGCACGCUCUCUUCCCUACUCUCUUUCUCUUUUUUUUUUUAUUACAGGACUGAACAUUUUUUAUCAUUAUCAAACUAUCAAACUCGUUCUUCCUCUCUUUCUCUAUAUAUCUUUUUCUCUCUCACUUUGUCUCAUUCCCUCUCUUUUUUAUUUUCAACAUAUUUCUUUAUCUCUCUCUCUCUCUCUAUCCAUCUUUGUCUCUUUGACUUAAACUAUCUCUAUUUCAAUCUCAUUCUCUCUCGCAAUCUCUUUCACAUUUUUCUUUAAGAUUCUCUAUUGCAACACUUAAUUUGAUAAUUCUGGAUCAGAGUUUCUUUUUAUUGUUUGACUAAUCUACACCGAAUUUCUGCCCACAAUCCCAAAACACAUCUUUUCCGAGAGAUCAAGUCUAAUUUUCUUUAAUGUUAGCCCUAACUUAAACUAGAAAAACAAAAGCAAUGUUUUGAAUGUUUACAUUUACUUUGCCAACAAUUCAAAUAUGUGGUAAGUUUGUCUAUCAGUUAAAUUUAUGCAUUUUAAGUUUAUACACAUUUGUUGAGAUAUCUUAAUCUUCUCUAGUAUAUAUACCCUGAAUAUACUACACUUGCUUUAAAGUCCUACAAUUAAAUACAUCGGAAAAAUUUACCUGUCAAAAUUAUUUGAUUACAUUAUAUAAUGUUUGUUAUAAUUUAUUUUCACAGAACUUUUAUAUGGACAAAGGUUGCACCUCCAUAAGUACAGACAAGAAGAUAGUGAGACUAAAUGUACGCACGGUGUGGUCAGUGGGGAUACAGUUGUCUUUAAAACUGAGGUUAAAUAUACAGAGGAUCUAACAAUGGCAUACCUACUCAUUUAUAUUAGAAGUAAAACAGAUACGUCAACAACUGUAAGUCAUAUAUGUGUUAAAAAUCCCUUUAAUAAUGAUAUAUAACAAAUAAGUGUUAAUAAUGGUAUUUUAUCUAAAUCUUUAAUAUAAAAAUAAAAAAUGGUCCACUAAAAGACAACACGAUGGAAUUUAAUUAGCAUGUCAUUCUGAGAUGGUACUAAACUGUAGGAGUUAUAAUAACAGGAAAAUUUCAGAAUAAAAUUCCUUCACACCAUUACCCCUUAUUCCUGGUUAACCUUUAUUAUAUGGCUGUGAAGUCGCACGCUAUUAGAACGCCCUUGCUAAGAAACCCCCCUUCUGCAACUUCACUUAAGUAACUAUGCAGACAGGUGUACACCAACCAGCGGGACCUUGUCGGUCAGUAUUGUUGCUCAUCCUAAAACACUAACAUAAGCAAAAUAUAAAUCAUAUUAACCAAUCACCGUUUAUAAGCUUUGAUAAGGCUAUAAUUAUUUAAAAGAAAGUUUCCUUAAUGUCUUUAAAUAUGAAACUAUGAGAUUAAAUUUUUGAGAAGAUUGAAAUGAAUAAAUUUCAAACGGGCAUCUUAAAAAAAAUGUUUUCAUGAACUUUAUUCAUUUACUUUAAAUUUUAAGAGUUAACAAAGCAGAAAAUAUUAGUAGAUUAUGAUUUAUUAAAAUCCCUGACAUUGUAAGUAGCUGCAUAAACUGGAUUGAGUAUUGCAUGAAUUAAAAAAAUGUCAUAACUGAAUCUAACUUCAUUUCAUUCUUUUUUGAAUAUCCCCAAACUUCGCUGCCGCUAAUUGAUGCAUGAAUUUUUUAUUUUUUUUUUAAUAAUUAUCUUUUUGUUCUCGAAAAGACAUUUUGAACACACGGACAGCACACAUAAAAGGGUUUCCUGCAAAUUUGACACCACUACCCUCACCUUUUCUACGACAAUGUUUUUAGAAUCUAAUCAGUUACAUUUCAUAAUUUAUUGUUGUUUCUAUUUGUUAAACAUUUGGCAUCCAUAUUUACUAGAAGUGUUGCAUGAAAAAAAAUCAAAUAAUUUUGAAAUAUAUAUUGUAUGCUUAUUGAAUGCUUUUCUUAAAUUCUAUUUAUUCAUAAUAUAAAACAGCUACAGCUUUAUCACUGCUUUAAGGACUGCUAGUUGCAGUUUUGCCAUUGUUUUAUUUACACACAUUUUUUGUGUCUAAUGUAUCUUAAUGUAGGAUCACACUAUACAUUCAAAACAAACAUCUCAACACACAAUAGACGCACAUCCAUUUUACACCAAAGUUUAACCUCAACAGUUAUAAAAGGUUUAUCAUCGAUAAUCCUGCUCCUCCACUUUAAAUGUUCCUUUUAGGGAAAAUAACAUUAAUUGCUUUAUUAUUCAAAUUAUUUAAGGAAUGUUUAGCAAAAAUCUAAUAUUUGGUAUCUCUAUUUAAUUUAAAUGUAGGUAUGGGGAUUAAAUAAUAAGGAUCCUCAAAUAGACAAAAUUUCAUCAAACAAUCAUCCAUUCUCUUACCCACAAUGUCCAGAAGAAUGCCUUAGGACUUUACCACCCAACAAGCCACUCAUUGUAUCUAAACAAUCACUCACAAUAAUAUUAUAAUAUAAAUUCCCACAUAAAAGACAUUGUUACACAACAUCAUUUCUGGCUCUUCUUAAAGGCACUAACAGCGAUAGGAUUUACUUUUCAAAACAUUCAUCAAAUGAUUCUUCAAUUCAUGAUCAUCUCAGAUCCAAACUCACUCUGUUUCUCGACGUCAACAAAAGCGUUCUUUUUUAUUUCCUUUAUAAGACGUGCCCACUUUUCUUAUUGUCAUUUACGUAAUUUUGAAUAUGCUGAUUUAUUCAAAUAACAUUUAAUGAUAUAGAUCUGUUAUUAUUAUUAUUAUUAUUAUUCGUAGCAGCAGUAGUAUUUAAACGUAUGUAAUAAAACAAUGAGAAGAAUUUUCAACCCGAAUAUGCUUUUAGCCAUCUAAAUAAUUAGAUAUUGUAAACUAUUUACGAGUAAAUGCUAAGUAGUUUACAUACAUAUUGGUUGUAAUAAUGGUAGGCUUCAUUUUAGAAUAUUUUUAUUCAAACUUAGACAUUUUUAACACAGAUAUAAUUAUUUAAUAUUACAAAGUUAUAUAAUUUGAUAUUAAUUAAAAUAAUAAAUAAUCAUUUCAGACAAAAGCAUACAAUUUACAAAAUGACUGCAAUAAAAUUGGGACUGAUUGCAAACACACUCAUUCCCAUUUGGUAGAAAUUACAACAAGAGUUAUUGUUACGAAGGAACACAGUGGUGCAAGGAUAUAUGGAAAGCUAUAUACAAACAACUCAAGGGAAAUUGAGAGUGAACACCAUUAUUUUCCUCUUAUAUAUGGUACUUAUAAUCUCUUUUUUAUUUAAUUUUGUUGAACCACAGCUGCAAACUUAAAGUUAAAAAAAUUGUAUAUGUUUAAAUAUGUUUCUCUAAAUAGGGUACACAUUUUGUUUUUCAUUUGUAAAAGUAAUUGUGUGUAUCUAUAAUUACUAUUGUAGAUAAUCUACCUUUAGUACCUGAAAAUUUGUAACAUUGUUUCUUCUUUAACUCAAAGAUAUGUUAGUCCCUUAAAAUUGCUUCCAGUUCAUUUACACCAGUGGAGAUAGUAUUGUCAAAGCUGCUCUAUCGUUUUAAUUUCCGAAAACACAGUUAUAAAAUAUGUGUUGAAAAAGGUUGAGCCUACUAAUUUUAUGGAUUACCUACUGCAGUGGGUGUUUGUAUCAAUUCAAUUGGCUUAUUAAAACACAAUUUUAUUUUGUAAUAUUAAUUAACCGCUGCAUUUUUUUUUUUUUUUUUUUUUUGUAAAAUUAAACGAUUGAGUGUUGAAAUAAAUUAAUUUUAAAAAAAAAAAAAAAAAAAAAUAAAAUUAAACGAUUGAGUGAUGAAAUAAAUUAAUUUUAAAAAAAUAAAAUAAAAAAAAGUAUACGAUUUAUCCCAACUACAACUAAGCCAUCCACAUAAUACGUCCGGGGAUUUCAAUUCGGAGAUUUUUUGUAAACGAGCGUUUUGCGGUCGGGGUUCUUGGCAGAACAAAAGUAUGUUAUGAACAAAUUCAACAACAUUUAUCCUAAAACUCUGAAAGUCGAAAUAGUGCAUAUGUUUACUCAAUGUUUAGUAGGCCUUGUAGUCAAAAUGUUACCAUUUGUUUUCACAAAUACACACGCUAUAUAUGCUCAGAUGGUACUUAGUACUAGAGUAUUUCAGUAAUAUUUAGUCCAUCGUGUGUUCAAAGCGCAUGUGAAGUAUAUUGUGUAGGGCAAUGCCAGAGCUUCUAAAAUGUCCCCUUUCCAGAUUCAGGUUUUCAACAUGCUCUUUGUACUAAAUUCUAAAACGUACGCUUUGAAAUAACAAAUACAUAAUAUAUAUAUAUAUAUAUAUAUAUAUAUAUAUAUAUAUAUAUAUAUAUAUAUAUAUAUAUUGUAUAUUUUUUUUUUUUUUUUGNUGAGAAGUAAAGAAAUCCAUCAAAUUAGAAAAACAUUGAAACAAAAUACGUAUGCCAUUGCAUUAAUAAUGAAAUAUGUUAAAUUAUAUAUUUUUUUCGUGGGGGGGGGGGUGGUUCCGCUAAUAAAUUGAAUAAACAUAUGUACAAUAUAAUAAAACACACCUCCGCUGUUAUUUGAGACAAUCGUCUUAUCAUUGUAUCCAUCUAUUGCCUGGCAUUUCAUUUCUCAAAAUACCCAUUCUUAUAUAUGUCCUGACUCUCAAAAAAAGGGUUGAAUAUGGAUACCCUAAAUACCAUUCUUUUAGCGUUGGAUGACGUUGGAUUAAUAUAAACAUACCAAGGGGGAUCAUGCGUAACUGUUACAUAGCGAUAAACGACAAAUUCAUUUUUCGUCUUGUUCGCAGCCAGUUUUGCUCACCGAAAUAUCAAGCCUGUUUACACAUUGUGGUGCAACUCGAAACCAAAACUCACCGUUUUGUGUAAUCGGUCGGUUAAAAUACAAAGAUUUGUUGUUUUCAAUACCAUUUUCAUUCAACAUUAUCAAUAACAAAUAUAAAACAGCUCAUAAAUAACUUUAUCAUUUCUUUAGAUGUUUCAGAUUUAAAAUGUUCUUUGUAUGCCAAUGGGAAAGAAAUAUCCACUAAGAGUGGCUGUGUCAUCAGUUUCAAUGUCACCGAUGUGAAAAUUAUUUAUGCGUGUAAAAGUCAAGUAGCUCCAUGUUUGAUUGAGAUCUCAAGAAAUGAUUCUAUCGAAGCCGUACAAGGAAAUAAUUUUGCUAUAUUCAGUACAAGGCUCUACAAGAGCAAAUAUAUAUCUAUCACCAUAAAACGUGGUGCAUGCAGACUAGAUAAAAAUGCACUUACCUUUGGAUGUAUAUUAAAAACAGUUAAGUUAUUAGCUUAGAUAUCUUUAAUAAUGCAUUGAGAGUAUUGUUUUUUAAUUAACACAUUAUUAAAAGCUCAGAAAUCAUUUUAAAAGCAUUCAUUUCAUAGUAGUUAUUUUACUACGAUUGGAUACGUAUCUAAAUUGAAACAGGGACAAGAAAAUUCAUAUGAAACCAAAUUAUUUUUUUGAAAUACACCCAAAAAAUUUAGCGAACCAAUAUACAAGCCUACUAUUUGCAAAUGCUUUAAUGCUUUAAUGUACAACUCAAAAGUAUUUCCAUAAUCAGAGGAAAUAUAUUAUGUUUUUCGCAAAAGCAUUUGACCGUGUGAAUCAUAGUUUGCUUCUACACAAACUCAAGAGAUAUGGGAUUCAAGGCACCACUAAAACAUGGACCUCUAGCUUCCUCAGCCACCGACGCCAAGCUGUAGUGGUUGGCGGUACAAGCUUCUCCUUUGUCGAUGUGAAGUCAGGGGUCCCCAAGGAGACAUCCUGGGCCCUGUUUGUUCCUAGCAUACAUUAAUGACGUACCCGAGAAACUGACAUCACAGGCAAGACUGUUCGCAGAUAACACAGCAGUGUAUAAGACGAUCGCCAACAGAUCUGACCAGGACCAGCUACAACAGGAUCUCAAUCUGUUAGCUGAGUGGGAAAUGAGCUAGGGCAUGGGAUUUCACCCUGCCAAGUGCAAGACAAUAUCAAUCUCUAGAAGUUGUACUCCUCUAAACUACCAAUACGAACUGCACGGCCAUAUACUUGAGCAAGGAUCCUCCGUAAAGUACCUUGGCGUUACCAAUUCAAAGAAAGGUCCGCUAAGACGAGCAUAUUAACAAUGUAUGUAACCAAGCAAACAAGACCCUAGGGUUCUUAAGGCGAAAUCUAAAGAUUGGCAACUCCUGUGUGAAAGAAAGAGCAUAUAAAGACUUUAUCCGUCCGUUUUUAGAUUAUGCAUCUUCAGUCUGGGACCCAUUUACCCAGAUGAGCAUUGAAAGAUUGGAGGCCGGCCAGCGACGAUCAGCACGCUUUGUCCUAAACCGCUACAGGAAUACCUCUAGUGUUGGCAGCAUGCUAGAAACACUAGGCUGGUCACCAUUGGAGAAACGACGACGACAAUCUAGGCUCUCGAUGAUGUACAAGAUAAAUAAUGGGCUGGUCCACUGUUUCGGUAUUAAACAGAAACUCGUCCCUCUCCCCCAUAGACAGCGACAAGGCCGUGACAGGAAAUUCAGGCUCACACCAGCAAGAAGCCAGUAUAGGAGCUGCUCAUUCCUGCCCACGACAAUCAGGGACUGGAACAAUCUUUCAAAAUGAACAGUUGAGGCGACAACACUAGACACAUUUGUGUCUAUUGCCUCAAGCCUUCAAACCCCUAGUGCAUGAUUUCCUCAUUAACACCAGUAACAGAAACAUUGCAAAUCCCAUCUAUGUGCAUAGGAGCCAAAAUGAUCAAUAAAUUGAUCGUGGGCCCUUAAGAUAUAGAAGAAGAAGAAUAAAGCGAGGUGGUUAAAUCAAUACAUUUUAUUUGAUUUAAUAUUAAAGGAUUGACAUUAUAAAUAAAUGUGCAUACAUAAUAGAAGAAAACAUGAAUGAUUACAAAACUUAACAAUGUAUAUUUUGGUAAAUAAUUCUUCGACACUAUUAAACAGGAGGACAUAAAUAUGAGCAUCCUGAAACAAUGUUAUGGACUCAUAAUUUGACAUUGCUUUUAAGGACUCUGUUAAGAUUAUCGUGCUUAGGAACCUGUCCGUAUUUAAAAUAUUUCCUUUUACAAUAAACAUUUGCUUUGCAGCCUAGGUACAAUUUUAAUAUUGCAUUUUAAUUAUUUCUUUUAAUGUAACACUAGUGAAUACCCGGCAUUCGUUGCAAUACCAUUCAAUUAAAACACAAUAGUUUUCUUUAUUUAUGUUUUUGAAGUACUUAUAUUAUAGACAGUAUGUUUGUUUUUUUCAGUAUUGUGCGUCCACCAAUAAAUUUUAAAUUUUCUAAGGGUUAUCAGGAAUAAAUAAUGUUGUUUAUUUGAGAAUAAUGGAUUUUCAAAUUUUCGUCAACACACUUUUUGCGAUUGAUCCACCCAUGCAAUUGUUCUGUUUGAAAUUAUCUCUUUAUAGCUCAUUUUAAAAAAAUACGAAUUGAGGGUCCCGGCCAAAAAAAUGUAUAUUGUAAAAUGGUUGUACGAAUUUUUUUUUUAAAUCGCGGCGUUGGGACCUACGUUUUAUCGCAAUCGGAUGUAUGCCGGUAUAAGAACGCAUACGGGAUAUAUACAUACAUACAAAUAUUAAUUUAUUAUAUAUAUAAUAAAAUAGACACCUUAAUUUCGUGAUAUCGUUAUAUUUUAGGAUAAAAUUAGAACGUUUUCCAACAUUUUGGGUCGCGAUUAGUUUGCAACCUUAAAAGUACAAUUUUCCUUAAUAUAAUUGACAUGAAAAUUAAUACUCCAGAUAACACUUCGAACGGGCAUUCCUUAUAUCUACAAUAUUUAGGUCACUUUUUGAAAAUUGUACAAUAGAACACCAAUUUAUCGAUAGCAGACCAUAUGAAACGUCGUUUAUGUGUAAGCAUCUGUUUUAUUUCAUUUAUUAAAUCGAUUUCGAUGCGCAUGUCAGGAGCACGCAAUGAAAAAAAAAAUAUACAUAUUACAGAAUCAACGACGGCAAAUACCAAAAGAACUCGAAUUUAUCAAGGCGAUUAUUUUUUUAAACGACUAAUUUUUGCAAACAAAAAAAAAAUUUUCCGUAAAUAUUUACAUCAGUCAGUGUUGGGCUAUAAAGUUAGAGUACAAUUUAUUGUAUACGCUAUCUUCAUUGAAGCUACAUUUUCAUGAAACUGUUAGGUAACAGAGAAAAUAGCCCCCACCUCGACACACACAUGAUCAGAAUUAUUACUUUUUUUUACACAUCUACAAUCUACUGCAAGUGUUCUUAACUAAUAGUUACCGCACCUUCUUGGUGUGCGGAACGCAUUGUCAAUAGGGCAAAAAGAUCUGUUAAAUAAUAUUAUUUAAAUUGCCUUAUUAUUGCUUGAACUUGGAUGCAGGGAAAAUACUUUAAAAUACAGUUGAGGGUAACAUUUAUUUGUUUUUAUUUUAAGAGUGGACUGGAAGUGAAAUAAAAGGUUAAGAGCACCUGAUCUGCUGUAUUUAUGGCCAGAUUCGAUUUUUAAAAAAAAUCCAUAAUUUUUUUUUUUUUUUUUUUUUUUUUUUUUUUUUUUUUUUUUUUUUUUAAUUUUUUUAUAUUUCAUUAAAGAUUCUUAAAGCCCUAAAAACAGUGUAUUCGUAUUGCAGUCAUAAUAGAAGUAUUUUGGUUUCGUUGUAAAUCAUACCUUCAAUUUCUCUUAACGUUUUGCAAACAACAUGGCUCCAGUUAUUUAGAAACACAUUGGAACAGCGUCCCCAUAUUUUUUCUAAGAAAUAAACACUUUCUUUUUUUUCCGGAGGAGCAAUAGGGUGUUCCGAAUACUUUUAGAAGACUCUACCCCAUGUGAAGUGUAUGCUUUUGAAAAAGCAACAAGAAAUUAUUAGUUUACUUCUUGUGUCAUUAUUUUGUAUUCCCUAAAUUCUAUACAAAAUAUAAAUACAAUAUCAUACGCAUUAUAGCAAUGGAAAUAAGAGCAAAACAGUUAUUAUUCUGAGAAUCGACGAUUUUGAUCAUCAUCAUUCAGCAAAGAAACCCCUAAAUGUACUAUUUUAAAAAAAAACGUUACUUAAUUUAUGUAUGUACACUGGACAUCCUACAGAAUAUAUAAUUAUUUUAAUAUUUUUAUCGACAUAUAUAAAAGUAAAUUUGUACAUGUACCACCUGUUAGGGUUAAAUAUUAAACAACCUAAUAAGUGUUUGAAAGUGAAACGUACAUCUUUUCUAGUUAUUAUCCAUAAAUUAUGGAAAGGAAAUAAACUGUUAACGAAAUAAAUAAGGGAUUUUCAAUUAAGUUGUCUAAACAAUUUAUUUGAAACCAGCAUCUUCUGAACAUCUUUAAUUAUUACACAUUGGAAUACAUAAAUUACCCCAAAUUUACAUAUAAAAUGAAUAAUCCUUAGGUAAAUUUGUUUUUUGGUCAAUACCUUUUAUGUGCUGUAUUGGGAAAACAAGUCAAAAUUGGGUUAUAAUUGAAAAAAAUUUGCAGAUCAAAGACUUGAAAAUAACAGAAAUAAUUGAAUCUUUUAUUUUUUUUUGGACCUCCAUUAUAUUUAUAUAUAUAUUUACUUGUAAUAUUGUAUAUAUAAAUUUCAAAUCACAUUUAUAUGUGGCUUGUAUAAAAAUGUACACAAUCUUCAGAAUGAAAUUCUAUUUUUUUUUUAAAUGUUUAAAUUGCAAUAUUCUACAUGCUCAAGUUCAUAUUUUAAAAUUAAUUUAAAUUUAGCAAUAAAAAAUACUUUAACACAAUUUUCUAAUUAAGUAACGCAAUACACAUGUAAAGUUAUAAAUUUUUAUUACCCUUUUCUUAUUCUAAAUAUUCUACUAAAUGUAUAUGUAUCUCUACAUAAUCAAAAUGUGUGUUAUCCACAGAUCCAAAUCCAUCAACAGAACAAUCCGGAAGUACAAAUCCUGAUGUUAAUAAUUCAGGCACCACUAAAUCGUAUUUAAUGAUUAUCGUCAGUAAUACUUUAAUAUGUGGAAUUUUCUUCGCUUUGGUGCUAUUGUAAGUAUAAUCGUACACUUUUUACCAUGUAUUCAUUUACAUUUGUCUUCUUUUUAUUAUUUUUUUUUUAAUAAACCAAUUUGACUAUACUUCCAAAUGAGACAUAAAAUGCUUUAUGCUUAAAUUUGUGGUUCCGAGCACUGGGGGGACAUAACUCUUAGAGAUUCUUAUUAAGUGUAAUACUUGUAUACAUGUUUUUCGAAUUUUCAUACCCACACAAUUACUCGAUAAGAUAUUUUAUAAAGUAUUUAUACAUAAAACUUUGUUUUGGCUUGAUUUUUUUAAAUACAAUACAUUAACUUUGCUUUUGUUUGUGUCUGUUAGGCUAAAAUUCAUAUGGCUAAUUUACUAAUUGUUCUUAUAUCCUGUUAAAAUACUUUCAAAAAGAAUUCUUUUCGAUGUAAGACAUUUUUUUAAAAUUUCCAGGCUCAAACAAACUCCCGAAAAUCUGUCUUUCCUGUUUUUGAAGGGACAGAUGAAGGAAAUAUGAUGACACUAGUUUCAUGAAAUAAAAAUCCCAAUAACCGUGCUAAAUGAGACGAAUAAAAAAAAAAUAUCACUAGUGAUUUAGUGUGUACUAUUAUCAUCUGUUUUUUCUGAAAAUUUUGCUGAAAUCAAAAUGCGUUGUAAUGAUGAGUCCUUAUAAUAGUAAUAUAGCUCUGGAGCAUUAAAAAGAUGUACGACAGCGAGCUUGGGGGGGGGGGGGGGGGGCGGGGGGGGGGUCGUGCUAUUUGGGAAUUUUCAUAAAAUGCUUUACUUUUGUGCAUUUCUCAAAAUUGUAGCCCUUAACCACAGUGCUCAAUAUUACAUUUUAUAAAGGAUUUUAUUUUUGAAAAUGUAGAGGCUCUUUAGUUUGUAUGUUUGUUUGUUUGGUGUUGUUAUUUUCAAGGCAUAUCAAAAUAACGAGCAAAAUUUGAAGCCUAGAGAAACUAUUUGUUUGGGAUAUUUUUUGUUUUAAACUUUGUAAUAUAUUUUCGAUAUCUACAUACAAACUUUUCUGAAUAUAUUUAUUUGAUUACCUAAAUUUUAUUUUUAACAGCUGCCUAAAUGUAUUAUUGAACUAAACAAACCUGUGUUUUUUUUUAUAUUUCGCUUUAUAAUUAUUCUUUUUUCAUUUUGGUUUUAAGUGCCAAGUCAUACACUGAAUUAUACUUGAGCAAUAAAAAGGUAAGACUAGUUCUUAUAGCUUGAAAAUUCAUUUUCCGUUCACAUGUUUGUCAACUCUUAUAGUCUUCUUGGAUUGAUUACAUUCGUCAGUUCUUUUUAUACGUUGAAGCGUGGUACUAUUCCUACUAUCAUUGAACAAACUCAACUCCUUUUUCAUAAUAACUAUAACUUUAAUGUCUAUGUAAAUAUAAUACACAUACACUUGAAUAUAGCGCAGCUCGCAAUCAGACCUAAAUAAUAAACAUCCCAUCACUCCAAAGUUCCACUCAAGACUGCCGCACGACUAAAACAUACGUCACAAUACUGCAUAGACAAUACGUCACGAAUCAGCAUAAAAAUACGUCAUAGAGAAAAUGGCGGGAAGAGCGUUCACUAACUAUAAUAGUCAACUUCGGGAAAAGCGUUCAACAACUAAUGAACAUACUAUUGAGUCGCAACAAUUACUAAUGAACGCUCACAAUCGACAAUGUUUAUUGUUUUCAAGUGUUUCUAACUAUAAUCAUAAUGCAUGAUUAGAUAGCGGAUAUAAAAGCAUAAUUUUUUUUUUUUUUAUUUGUAGUAAAUAGCUUGUGUUAAUUAACAAAUUAAUUUGCGAAAACAUAAUGAACAUACUUUACAUAUCUGGCAUAUUAAGCAAAGAAAUAUAAAUAACGAUUAUUUAUUAAUCAGUUAUAAACAUACCAUUAAUAUAUGG